GGAAAGCAGUGGAACACAGCCCCAUAAGUAACGUAAACGGGUUCGAAGAUUGAUCGGGGGAUCGAAACGAUUUAGAAAACCAAAUCAGAGUGCCCUAGGUUUCUGAUCAUACUUCUUCCUCCGCUCAUCAAAUCUUCACCUUUCGCGCCAAAACCCAUGGACCAAGAAGGGCAGCGGAGCGCUUCGAGCCCGUCGGCGAUGCUGGCGGCUCUUCUGUGCAAGAGAGCUAAGCUACAUGAGGAGCUCCGUAGCAUUGAAAAGCAGGUGUAUGAUAUGGAGACAAGUUACUUACAGGAUCCAAGCCAAUCCGGAAAUGUAUUGAAAGGUUUUGAAGGGUUCCUAUCAUCAUCUAAGAGCACUACCCUCUUAAAGCGAUCCAGGAAGUUUCAGCCUGAAGACAGGCUCUUUUCAUUAUCUUCAGUCACCUCGCCAGCUGCAGAAGAGCAUGCUGCUGGACGAGAUGGUGUAGGGAUUUCUACAAAUGGACAGGGAAAACCAAAGAAGGGAAGAGGAGGGCCUAGAGAUGCAAAAAGAGUCAGGCAGUCAAGUGAUGCAGAUUAUGAUUAUGAAGAUGAUCCUGAUUUAAUUUAGUGAGAACUUCUUGUGCAGGACAAUAUUCCAGUUGAUAUUGCAGGAGGGAUCUUACCUUUGUGCUUUAAGAAGAAUUUUGUAUGGUUUAAAAACUCAUGUAAAUGUCUGUAGUUAAUCAGGACUAAUGUUAUUGGAUGCUUGAACUCCAUUAUUGGUCCCUUUUUUUUUUUUUUGGUUUUUCAAAGGAAAAAGUGCUCCUAUGCAUAAAGGCAUAGCUGUGAUGACAUGUACAGAAAUUAAUAUUUUCAUUUCUGACUGAAAUGGUGUAUUAAUCCAAAAAGUUAUUACUGGCUAGCAGGUACAGUCCCCGAGAA